AAUUUUUUUUUAUUGUCCAUGACAGGUUGCUCGGAUGCUUACUGUUAAACGGGAAAGAGAGAUUGAGGAUGGAAUCAACAAGCGAUUGUCAAGAAAGCUUGAUCGACAAUGGAAGAAAAUCAUUGUUGUGAGACCACCUCCAUCCUUGAAGAAGUUGCAAGAGGAAGAGGCAGCUGCAGAAGCUGAGAAAUCUACAUGAGCUAAUCCAGAUAAUUUUCUUAGUAUGAAAUAUUACAGAGAAGAGGCUCUUUAAAUUAUUGCAUUUUCUGUUUUCAACCAUAUAUCUGUACCUACUGCCUGUAGUGUUGGUUUUAUUCUUCAAUCAUAUUUUUCAGUUUGUUUACUAUUACCUAUUUUAAUUAUGUUUAAUAAUCUGUUACCUGGUUAACUCUCAGAUGCGGGAUGCUGCUGAUAUGGAGCUUACCAAUUAAUAGGUGUGGCUUUCCCUUGUGUUUUUCUUCACUCUUAACUGUCUUUCGUCCCCACUUAGCAAAAUAUAAAUAAAAUAAAUAAAGCGAAUUGUAUAAA